CAAAGCCAGGUGUGGACUUUCUGGUCGUGGGCGCUGCUUUUUGGUCCUGCGAGCCCCUCGUAGGGAGCGAGAAGGAAAAAUCAUCGCCUUUUGCUGCCGUGUUGUGUUCGCUCAGGAGAGAGAGCGGCAGAGAGGGAGAGAGAGAGAGAGAGAGAGAGAGAGAGAGGAGGGGGAGACCACAAAAAUCCAUAAAAACAUGCAGUUUGCAGGACGUGGCUUGAAUUCCUCCACCUACCAGAGAGUUUUGACUGCUUUAAUAUUUUUACUGUGCUGCUUUCAGUCAGGGAGAAGUCAGGGAUGCAGAGAGGGAUUUGUAUACGACCGCCGUGCCAGGCAGUGCAUCGAUGUGGACGAGUGCCGGACCGUGCCGGACCCCUGCCGGGGUGACAUGCGCUGUGUGAACCGGAACGGGGGUUACCUGUGCAUGACCCAGAGUCUCUACUCUCAGCCGGCCUACCCGGAGCCAUCCUUCCCCGACACUUCGCCUCUGGGCCCUGGACCUGAACCCGGGCCGGGCCCCAGCUAUCCCAUAGUGAGCCGUCCCUCCACACCAUGUGUGCUCGGAUACACACUCGGGGAGGACGGGACGUGUGUUGAUAUCGAUGAGUGUGAGGCACAGUCCCAUCAGUGCAAUCCCACUCAGGUGUGUAUAAACACAGCGGGGGGCUACACCUGCUCCUGUACGGAGGGCUUUUGGCUAGUGGGGGGACAGUGCCAGGAUAUUGAUGAGUGUCGCUAUGGUUACUGCCAGCAGCUGUGUGCCAACCUGCCAGGUUCAUAUUCCUGCUCCUGUAACCCGGGAUUUAACCUGAAUACCGACAGCAGAACUUGCCAAGAUAUAGACGAGUGUGAGACUGACCCCUGCACUCAUGGCUGUCUGAACACGUACGGCUCCUUCAUGUGUAACUGUGACGAAGGCUUCGAGCUUGCCGCCGAUGGAACCACCUGCACUGAUUUGGAUGAGUGCAGUUUCUCUGACUUCUUGUGUCAGCACACAUGUUUAAACACUCCGGGGUCAUUCUCGUGUGCGUGCCCACCGGGCUACUACGUCUUUGAAGACGGCAGGAGCUGUGAAGACCUCAAUGAAUGUGACUCUGGUAACAACACGUGUACAACAGCACAAGUGUGUUUCAAUUUCCAGGGAGGGUACACGUGCCUGGACCCCCUCAUAUGUCAACCGCCCUACAUAGAGUUCAGUGACAAUCAGUGCAUGUGUCCUGCGGAGAACCCUGCCUGUAGAGACAGGCCGUUCACCAUUCUGUACCGUCACAUGGACCUGUCCUCUGGCCGGAGUGUUCCUGCAGAUAUCUUUCAGAUGCAGGCAACCACCCGCUACCCAGGAGCCUUUUACAUCUUUCAGAUCAAAUCUGGCAACGAGGGACGAGAGUUUUACAUGCGGCAAACCAGCAACGUCAGCGCCACGCUGGUUCUGGCUCGGCCCGUCAGAGGACCAAAGACAGUCGUUCUGGACCUGGAAAUGGUCACGGUCAACAACGUCAUCAACUUCCGCGGCAGUUCCAUCAUUCGCCUCACAAUAUUCGUCUCCGAGCACCCCUUCUGAGAGCCCCACCAGUGACCUCCUGUCCGUGCCCCUUACCUCCAUCAUGGACUUCCUGUUACUGCAUUACCCAUCAGGCAGCUGCGUUUGUUCAUAUCUCUUCUGGAAUGUAUUUUACACCUUUUUUAUUUUUACAUCAACCUUUCCUUCGUAGUCUGGACUGUAGUGUUGCACCAGAUCGUGCCUUUUACCAAACUGUGCCUCUUCAUAAUGGACGUUAAAGGGGAGUUUCACAGACUUUUCAGAAUUUCUGCAGAAUUCAACGGUCGAGAUGUAAACAAAGCCACUCAGAGUGGUUUGAUGUGAAGUGGUUCAUUGUAGAGAAACUGACCGAAUCAGAUUUUUUUGCAGUGGUGGUGAUAGGAACCAGGGGUCAGCAUAUCUAUAGAGCAAAUAUAUGUAGCAAUACACCAUUAACAGAUUUUAUAUAUAUAUAAAUUUAUUUAUAUAUAUCUUGAAUUUAUCAUAAAACAAAAUCUCAGGCAUCUGGCAGCAUAUUUGUAGCCACUUCCAGCAACUUCAUGUAAUGCAGCUUUAAAGGCAGACGUCUGGUUCCUAUAACCACCGCUGUAAAUGAUUCUGAUUCAGUAAGUUUUUCUAAAAUGAAGCAUUUCCUACCAAACCGCUCUGGAUGAUUUUGUCCGUGCUUUAAUGAUUAAAUACAUAUUUGAAAAGUGAUGGAACUUUAACCGUUAAUAAAAAGGCUGCCCUGUGUAACCUCCAUAUCCUCCGCAUUCACCCUCGUACAUCCACUCACAAGGAUAUUUAUGUUUUAUUUCUUUGUUCUUAUGAGUUCAUGUUUGCAUUUGUCCUGUGUUUCUUCCUCCUCGGGGUUCAUUUACAGAAACAAUAGAAGCCCCCAUUUCCUCGUUCUUACAGAGGCCUUUUUAAUCCUUUCCUGCAGUAAACUGUGAAAGAGAGCUUUGCUUGUGCCAAAUUUUCAGCCCUCAGUCUUUUCCAGCCUUCCAGUGCUUGUAUUCAUCAUCAUCGUCAUCAUCAUCGUCAUCAUCAUCAUGAUCAUCACCCCAUCAUUAAGCAUCACAGCAGUGUCUGAAGCCCUGAAAGCCUGCCAAUGUUUUCUCUCCGUCUAAAAGUCAUCCACCCCCCGAAUCAUCUGUCGUCUCGGUUUUUUUUAUUUGUCAGUGUAACAAGAGAGCCUGGUCAGUCAAAUAAAGAUGAACUUGAUGACCUGA